UGACGUUUGUAUGUGUGUACAAUCAAAUAAGCAUGGGCAGUCGGUGAACUAACGUACAAAACAGCAUUCUUGUUUGUUGAGUGAAUAUUGUGAAUUCCUGCUUGUAUUAGAAUUUGUUAAAGUGACAAAGAAAAGUAAACAUGGUGCAGGAACCAUGCAGCAUUUCCCUGCCGCAAAAGCGAUACUACCGUCAACGAGCACACUCAAAUCCCAUAGCUGAUCACUGCUUUGAUUAUCCAGCUCACCCAGAUAAUGUUAUUUGGCAAGAAUUCUACCCCAAUAUAACGCCUGAUCAACAUGUUGAGUUUGCUGACAUUGGCUGUGGAUAUGGUGGAUUCCUAGUCACUCUUGGCGAAAUGUUUCCCGAUCGAUUAGCGAUUGGUCUAGAAAUUCGUGUAAAAGUCUCGGACUAUGUCAUGGAUCGAAUUAAGGCGCUGCGCACGUUGCAUCCAGGAAAAUACAAUAAUAUUGCUUGCUUACGUACAAACGCCAUGAAAUACUUACCAAAUUACUUCCGAAAAGCACAGCUGGAUAAAAUGUUUUUCCUAUACCCCGAUCCACACUUCAAGCGUGCUAAACAUAAGUGGCGUAUAAUAAAUCAGGCUUUAUUAUCAGAAUACGCUUAUGUUUUGCGUAAAGGAGGACUUGUUUAUACAAUGACUGAUGUGGAGGAUCUUCAUAAUUGGAUUGUACAACACAUGAAAAAACAUCCGUUGUACGAAAGAUUAACUGACGAAGAUGAGAAAGCCGAUCCCAUUACACCAAAAUUAUAUCACAGCAGCGAGGAAGGCACUAAAGUUGUUCGGAACAAAGGUGAUCAUUUCUUGGCUAUUUUCAGACGAAUUUAGUAUGACAAAUUUUGAAAAAUGUGGUUUUAUUUAAUAUUUUUUUAAAUAAAUAUUUACUUAGAUUUA